UGAACAUGGAGGUGACUAUAAUAUCCAGAGAUAGCAUCACACCAGCUGCUACUUCCUCUUCAGUUCAUCGCCAUAAGAAACCUUACCAACUUUCCUUCAUUGAUCAGCUCUCUCCCAAAACCUACUCUCCACUGGUUUUGUUCUACCCCAUUACUGACCCAAAUAUCAAUGUUUCCCAAACCCUAGCCCACCUGAAAAACUCCCUAUCAUAUACACUCGUUGUGUACUACCCAUUUUCCGGACGAAUAAAAAACAACCUUUAUAUUGAUGAUUUCGAUGCGGGUGUCCCCUACCUUGAAGCCCGAAUCAAUUGUCGCAUGUUUGAGUUUCUUAAGCUCCAUGAAAUUGAGCUACUCAAUCAGUUCGUUCCAUUCCAUCCAUUGCGUCAGGAAGCCAAAUCUCAUGAUGAUCAGCUGCCCUUAUUAGCAAUUCAAGUCAGUGUUUUUUCGUGUGGUGGAAUAGCAAUUGGGGUGUCCGGAUCUCACAAGAUCGUUGAUGGGGCCACGGCAAACAAUUUCCUCAAAUCUUGGGCUGCUGUUUUUCGUGGGGAUCAUGACAAAACUCUGCUACACACUAAUCUCUACCAAGCUUCAUUAAGUUUUCCAGCAAAAGAUGACAUACCAGAAAAAUAUCUGGCUUUCACGGAUAGCAUGGUGUUCAGCGGAAAACAUUAUAUCACAAGGAGAUUUGUGUUUAAUGCUAAAGCCAUAGACAAUCUACGAGAUAAAGCAAAGAGCGAGGUCGUGCCCAAUCCAACACAUAUAGAGACGCUAACUUGUUUUCUUUGGAAACACGCUACGGCUGCUUCUAGAUAUGGUAGUACUUCACGAAGAGCAUCCAUAAUAGCGCAUGCAGUGAACAUAAGGCCGCAAUUGAAGCUCUCGAUGUUAGAUAACGCCAUUGGAAAUAUUUUUUGGUGGGCAAUAGCGGCUAACAUCCCUACUAAUAAGGGAGAAACUGGUGAUGAUGAUCAGUUGUGUGAUCUGAUGAAGCUUUUACAUGAAUCUAUCAAAGGAUUGGACAAUGACUAUUUGAAGACAUUGCAGGGAGAAGAGGGAUUUGGAGCCAUUUCUAAGUUCAUCGAUCGCCAUUUAGAGGUUGUGUAUUCUUUGAAACCGGAAACAUAUAUAUUCACCAGCUGGACUAAGAUUUUCAAGGAAGUUGAUUUUGGAUGGGGGAGACCGUUUUGGAUUGGGGUCAUGGGGAAAGUUGGACCAACUACGGGCAAUGUCAUAGUGUUCGUUGAAACACAAUGGGGUAAGGGCAUAGAAGCAUGGGUGACCUUGGAGGAAAAGCAAAUGGCUGUAAUGGAAAAAGAUCCUCAAUUUUUAGCAUUUACUUCUCCAAACCCACGCAUUUCAAGCAUGUGAUAUGUGUCAAACCAUGGAGAAGGAAUAAGAAAAGCCAAAAAUGUUAC